AUAGGUAUGGUCAUCUGCUCUUACCUACUCUCUUUCUCUACAUGCUUUCUUACUCCCAAAUACUGAGAAUUAUUCUCACGCCGGAGGGUGGUUACAGGAAUAACCUCAUUCCUGUAACGAGUCCUAAUGGUGUUCUGUUAUGCAGCCAGCUGUUCGGAUCGCCAAGAGUUAAAGUUCUAGUCGGCGCCUUACCGUUCAGGUCAGUGUUUCUUCAUUGGCGCCAUCCGUGGGACCAACGGUAGCACCAGUUAAUUUAAACCCAAUGACAAGCGGUCACAACACGGCAACAACACCAAGUCAGACAGUGACAACCAGUCAUCCGCCAUCAACGACAAUCCUUGCAGUUACUGCUACUCCGGCAUCACCAGCAAUAACCAGGUCCCUUGACCUGGAGUUCGAAGCAGAAGCCCCGCUUGGUUUUCAGGGAACUCCGGCCGUCUCCUAUGGGUCGUUGUCUGAACACCCUUUAUCGUACACUUCAUGGCAACUAAGACAGGUGGCUUCGACCGCGGCAACCUCUACCGUUUCUGCUCCAGUAUCAAUUACAAAUGCACAGACCAUACGUCACAACACCAGGCCAAUGAUAACAUCCGCGACUCCAGGAAACGCCACCCAGCAGAUGAAUAUGGCCCAGUACUAUCAGCCACCUCUCACUUACUCUAUGCCGCCAUUGUAUUCUGCAGCGUUUACGGCGGCACUGUCCACGCCACCCCAUCAGCUGGUGGUCAUGCCAACCGGAGUUAUGAAUUCCCCAAUCACGCCCGGGAACCAAUCUUAUUUUCCGGGCUACUACUAUUCACCCCCUUACAGCCUUGCACCAAUCCUGAUUGCCUGUAUUAUGCACGAGUUCGGAUUACAAGAGGAUAGCUUCACCAAAGAUGAAAUACUAUAUGAAAAUACAAGGUAUGCUUUUCUGCUUAUUGAACAUGUAGUCAAAGUUGCAAGGUGCAAUUAAAGGCCUUGUAUAUGCAUAAAUAAAGCAUGUCGAAGGCAAAAACACGCAAUAAUAGGAACACUAUACACCAGAUUCAAAGUGAUAUAAGCAAAGAUUCAAAGUGAUAAUAGCUUUACGCCUUUACAUUGCACUUGAUUAAUAGUUGAAGCAUUCUUUAAUUUAGAGCUGAAAACUUGCAUGAGUCGUCUUGAUGUUGGGUCACCUCUAGCAAUAGUCGUACCAGAUCUUGGGGCCACUGGAUCUUCUGCAACUGGUGCAACAUACUUUGGUGUGAUAGAAACUACCAAAAAGUGGAUUCGAGAAACACAUCUGAAUCUUGGCGGUCACUCGGCUCAUCUCAUUGCUGGUGCUUUAGGCAGGUAACUGUCUUUCUUGAUUGUCGUCUUACUUGCAUACGCCAAGUUAUGAUUGCAUUUGUUAAAAAAAUCCAUCAACCUUCAUUUUUAAUAUAUUUUAACAAAUGAAACAAUCGUCUGUUUGGUUAUCUCCACAAGCUAUGAUAUUUUUUAUGUCUAACAGGAUGGCAAUAUGGUCAUAUUUGUUUGAGCUUGUUGCAGAUCUAAUUUGCUUUUAGAGUAAAUUACGUUUUGAGUCCCUGUGUUUUAGUGGUUUUAACCACUUGAGUCUAAAAUCAAAAAGUUUAACGCCCUG